CAAUGUCAGAAGAAGAAGAAUUAUACGAACCAACUAUUCAAAAUAUUAUUGACAGUGAUUUAAAAUGGAUUUUCAUUGGUGGUAAAGGUGGUGUCGGUAAAACAAGUACAUCAUGUAGUAUUGCCAUCCAACUUUCUAAAGUUAAAGAAUCAGUUCUUUUAAUUUCAACUGAUCCAGCUCACAAUCUCAGUGAUGCAUUUGGUCAAAAAUUCACAAAAAAUCCAACUUUAGUCGAAGGUUUUAAAAACUUAUUCUGUAUGGAAAUUGAUCCAACUCCAGAUCAAUUAGCACCAGAAUUUAUAGAAUCACAAGGUGAUGGUUUUAAUCUUCAAGAAUUUACUUCUGCUAUCCCAGGUAUUGAUGAAGCAAUGAGUUUUGCCGAAGUUAUGAAAUUAGUUAAAUCACUUGAGUUCUCAGUUGUUGUUUUUGAUACUGCUCCAACUGGUCACACCCUUAGACUUCUUUCAAUUCCAUCCUUAUUAGAUAAAGGUUUAAAUAAAUUUUUAUCAAUGCAAAAUAAUUUCUCUGGUAUUCUUUCAGCUGUAUCAGGUAUGAUGGGAGGUAAUGUACCAACUGCAGAAGGUAUUGAAAGUAAACUUCAAACUACCAAAAAAACCAUUGAAGAAAUUAAUGUUCAAUUUAAGAAUCCAGAUCUUACAACUUUUAUUCCAGUUUGUAUCCCAGAAUUCCUUUCAGUUUAUGAAACUGAAAGAUUAAUUCAACAAUUAACCAAAUUAGAUAUAGAUGUACGUGAUAUUAUUGUAAAUCAAAUUGUUUAUCCAGAAAAUGAUUGUAAUUUAUGCUCAGCAAGACAAAAAAUGCAAAAAAAAUAUUUAGACCAAAUUGAAGAAUUAUAUUAUGAUUUCCACGUUACCAAACUCCCACUCUUAAAAGCAGAAAUUAGAGGUGUACCAUCACUCAAAUUAUUCUCAGAACUUUUAGUUAAACCAUACGACCCAUCUCACCCAUUAGUCCUCCCAAAUCAAGAAAAAUAAAUUAAAACCACCAAUAUAUAAAAUAUAAAAAAAAAAUUUAUAAUAAUAAUAAAUUACUGUUAGUGAGUAAUUUUAAUAAAAUUUAAACAGGAAUUUUUUUUUUACUUUUAAAAACAUAGUUCAAUACAUUAGGUUAUUCCAGAUUACCUAUUUACUCUGGUAUAGUGUUAUUAUUAUCUUAUAAAAGUAAAAACUUU